GCGCGGAGGCACGGCUGCGACUGGUGCCGGACGACGAGGUGAUCCUGGUGGCGCGGGUGACGCCGGCCGGGGGCACGGUGCCCGCCUACCGCGAGGCCCGCCCCGAGAACGAGUACAUGCUGCAGGUGCGCUCCGACGGCGUCAUCGUCGGCUCGGACAGCAGGAUAAGCAUCUGUGCCGGCUACCUGCCCAGCGAGGUGGCACAGAAGUCGGUGCACACGUUCCUGCACCAGGACGACCAGAUGUGGGCGGCCGUGCGACAGGGGCUCAUGUUCCUGUUUCCGCAAGACUUCGACAGCGUUACCGUUCGUCUUAUCUCGAGUACCAACGAGAUCACCUAUAUGCACGUGAAGGGCGAUAUGAGUGAACAAAGCCAGGCCGCGCUACCUCCAGGCCACUUCUGCACGCGCCAGGUCAUCAUCAGCUCUGAAGAGGCGCGCCGCUAUCGGCUCGAGGAGAUGAACCACCUGCAGCAGUUCCUGCGCGACGUCCUUCUGGGAAAGCACCCUCGGGAGCAGGUGCAUGCCAUGCUGCAGGCAAUCAUGGGCCCGAUGAUGGGCCAGCUGAACACCUUGGUGGACGGCCCCACGCAGCUGAGCGAGCCAUUCUCGCAGGAGUUUAACAUCUGCAUAUUCCAAACGCUGGCCGACUUCAGCCGUAGCGUGCUGCCGGCGCCGGACGUGGCGGCGGCGGCGGCGCCACCGCCGCUCAAUUGGAGCGCUCCGGGCGCUGGCGGUGUCACCAUCACCGAGCUGGCGUCCGAGCCGUCGUCGUCGUCGCCGCCGCCUCCUCCUCCGCCGCCGCAGUCGCUGCCUCCUCCACCGCCGCCACCGCCGCCGCCGCCCGCGUCUAGCGCCGCCUGCCCGGACAUGACGCUGCCUAGUCAUAAUAGCGGCGCACUGGCACCGCUGUGCGUGGACACGUAUUCGGACAGUGAUCUGCACAGCCUGCUGAGCGACUGCAGCGAACAUUGGCCCGAUCCGGCGGCCGGCGGGCCCAGUCCGGCCACCAGCGAGUUCAGUAGCGCCACCUAUCCGUCGCCGGGCUCGCUGGUGGCGCCGCCCCGCGACCAGACCAAUGAACUCGGUUCCGCUCAGUACAACGCAUGCGGCGCGUUUGCCGGCGCGUCGUCCGCUCAGUGUUAUGCGUCGCCGCCCGCGCCGCCGGCGCCCGGACCGGCGCCCAACGGGCAGACAGUUUCGCCACCGUACGGCCACCCGGUGCGGCAGUCGUGCCAGUUUCAGCCGGCGGCGGCGCCACUGUCGAUGCCGUUCCAGCAGGACGUGUUCAUGCACCCAGCGCCGCCGCAGCAGUCAUAUUUGCCAGAUUAUCCGCUACAUUCUCAAGAGGUAUUACUUAAUAGGCAUUACAUGGCACAGCAGCCGACGAUGGAGGUGACACCGCAGAUGGCGGGGGCCGACCUGUCGCUGGAGCUGCCCUGCGACCUGCCGCUGCUGCUCACGCCGCCCACCUCGUCCAACCCGCAGGCGUCCGGCGACGACGCUCUCAUGAGCUGGAGUCAAGGCUGAGGAGGCCGCCGACGCCGCGCGCUGUGAUGGCCUGAGGCGGGGGAGGGCGCUGCGGGCGGCUGCCGGGCGACCCUGCCACCUGUCAGGGCCUGCUGCCGGCCGGCGGCCUCGAAAGGCCGCGGGAAUGGGGCAGCGUGUCGUUCUUGUACUUGCCACAGAUGGAAAGUGAUCUGCUGUUUUUGGACUCUGAGAUCUGCCUGAUUUCGACGCAUGCAGUGCACUGGGCAUCUAAAAUUUGUGCCAGGCAGUAUAGCUCAAUCUACACAAAUCGUGUUUCGUGCGGGCGUUAACGCGUGCCGUGCCACCGCAGAACCUCAUGCUCCCUGGCGCCCCUGUCGAGGAGGGGCCAAACAUGUUGCCAGUUCAUUUUCCUUGCCUGUCGGUAGGAUACUAGAAACACGGUAGACUAAUGACGGCGCGCGUAGGAGUGUGGGCAUCCCCGUGUCGACCAGGUUCCAGUUAAACUUGGCUGGCUUUAAAGUUCGCCGCUAGCGGCCUACUCUUCCUGCGGUACAAAGGUGGUGAGCCACUGUCGAGUUACUCGCGUUAGGUUCGUGAGGCGUGAGAUGCCGGCUGGUCGCGGGUCGGUGCGCCGGUCAAAGCGUCAGACGGCGUCUGUCCGGUAGCGCGUUGUCAGCACAUUGGCACGCUGUCCCAGCGUGGGGUCCGAGUGUGUUCUCCGUAGCCGAUUGCAUGGGGGUGUCGCGGUGGGCUCAAGGCUCGCCCUGUUGUUUCAAGCUCACAAGUAGCUGUAUGCCCAGUGGGCGCUGUUAGAGAAAUUCCAUCCAUCAAACCGCAGAGUUUCAGUGAUAAUGCAAUGUUCGUUGCCUGUGAAGGGAAACUGGUGGGACUUCGUUUCGGGGUGCGUUAUUGCAUCUUCAAAUGCACCGAAUGAGCAAUUUUAGGUAAGUGGGGUCAAGCUGCGUAGCAUCGCAGUGGGUACAUGCGGGAAUUUUAGUUGCCAAUGAGCCAGUUGCAUGUGGCAAACUACAGUGAUACCUCGAAAACGUUUUACCACGUCCCCUCAACAGAAGAGAAGCAGAAAUUAGCAAACGUUGAAAGGAAAUGAUUUCCUGGGAAAUGGCCGACCGAUUUUAGUCCACACUUACUUGCAUCAAAAUACCUGUGAAAUGGUUAUUUCGGAUCCAAUCUUAGGCUACCCAAGACGUUAGAGUUGGCCACGUCCGGUCUGAAAUGUGCAUGUUCCAUCUCACGUUGCCGCCAUUGGAGGGGUUUUCUGAGCGGAAUGAGGCUGGCUUGCUGACUGGAUUGAAACGCGGCUAGUGUCUACCGCCAGGCGGCACAGCCA